CAAAAAAAAAAAACCACAAAUACAGUGGUUGAUAUUUCAAAUUUGACGCAAUCGUGGGAUGUUCAAAUUAAUUUAGAUAUCAACACAAAUUAUUUAGUUAUAGAUUAUGAAAAGGAUAAUGAUAUGGCUCAAUUAAUGUCACCAGAACAAAGUACAAAGAGUGAUUCAGAAGAUGAUUUUUUACAGUUCAAGGACAAUGAAAUAUUUAAUUAUUAUCCUAAAAAUAAUGCACAAAUGUCAGUGGAUAACUAUUUAUCAAAUACAUCUUUUAAAACAUCUAAUGAUUUGCCUUUGUCAAUAAAAAAAGCUUACAUUAGAUUUAAUACAACAAUUUCACCAUCAGCUCCUGUAGAAUGGCUAUUUAAUGAAGGAGGGCAGUUAAGGGAAAAAUGGCUGAUAAGAAUCUUAUGAUGACCUGUUACUUAAAUAUAAAAAAUAUUUUAACAAUAAAAAAUAAAUAUAUUAAUUUAAAAUAAAUA